UACCAGGAAGCGCUGGGGGGAAGAGGAGCGGAGUUGAAACAAGCCAGGUGAGGCUGUCGUUAAGGCUGGCGUCCUGGUGUGAAGCUGAGGCCGCCUGAGCUGUGACCUUGGGGAGGAAUCCCACGGAAGAGGAUGGUGGUGUCUUCGCUAAAGCUCCAAGAUCUAAUCGAGGAAAUUCGUGGGGCCAAGACGCAGGCCCAGGAGCGGGAGGUGAUCCAGAAGGAGUGCGCCCACAUCCGCGCCUCCUUCCGCGAUGGGGACCCUCUGCACAGGCACCGCCAGCUGGCCAAACUGCUCUACGUCCACAUGUUGGGCUACCCCGCCCACUUUGGACAGAUGGAGUGCCUGAAACUGAUCGCCUCCCCCAGAUUCACAGACAAGAGGGUGGGCUACCUGGGGGCCAUGCUUCUACUGGAUGAGAGGCAGGAUGCCCACCUGCUCAUUACCAACAGCAUCAAGAAUGACCUGAGCCAGGGGAUUCAGGCAGUACAAGGCCUGGCCCUGUGCACUCUGAGCACUGUGGGCUCUGCUGAGAUGUGCCGGGACUUGGCCACUGAGGUGGAGAAACUGCUCCUGCAACCGGGCUCCUAUGUGCGCAAGAAGGCUGUUCUGACUGCAGUGCACAUGAUCCGGAAGGUCCCCGAGCUCUCCAACAUUUUCCUCCCACCCUGUGCCCAACUGCUUCAUGAACGCCACCACGGCAUCCUGCUGGGCACCAUCACGCUGAUCACGGAGCUCUGUGAACGAAGCCCUGCAGCCCUCAAGCACUUCCGAAAGGUGGUUCCCCAGCUGGUGCAGAUCCUCCAGACUCUGGUGACGACGGGAUACUCCGUAGAACACAGUAUAUCUGGAGUCAGCGACCCCUUUCUGCAGGUCCAGAUACUUCGUCUGCUUCGGAUUCUGGGCCGGAACCAUGAAGAAAGCAGUGAGAUCAUGAAUGACUUGCUGGCCCAGGUGGCCACUAACACAGACACCAGCCGAAAUGCGGGCAAUGCAGUCCUGUUUGAGACAGUGCUGACCAUCAUGGACAUCCGCUCUGCAGCCGGCCUGCGGGUUCUGGCUGUCAACAUUCUUGGCCGCUUUCUGCUCAACAACGACAAGAACAUUAGGUAUGUAGCCCUGACGUCAUUGCUGCGUAUGGUGCAGUCCGAUCACAGUGCUGUGCAGCGGCACCGGCCCACUGUGGUGGAGUGUCUGCGGGAACCCGAUGCCUCUCUUAGCCGGCGGGCCCUGGAACUGAGUCUGGCUCUGGUGAAUAGCUCCAAUGUGCGAGCCAUGACACAAGAGCUGCAGAGCUUUCUGGAAUCCUGCCUCCCUGAUCUACGGGCCGACUGUGCCUCGGGCAUCCUGCUGGCAGCAGAGAGGUUUGCCCCAACCAAGCGCUGGCACAUAGACACCAUCCUGCGUGUGCUGACAACGGCAGGCACCCAUGUACGGGAUGAUGCGGUGGCCAACCUGACCCAGCUGAUUGGGGGUGCUCAGGAGCUACACGCCUACUCUGUGCGCCGCCUCUACAGCGCCCUGGCAGAGGACAUCUCCCAACAACCACUGGUGCAAGUGGCAGCCUGGUGCAUUGGAGAAUACGGGGACCUCCUGCUGGAGGGGGGCUGUGAGGAAACCGAGCCCCUUCAGGUGGAGGAAGAGAAGGUGUUGGCACUCCUGGAAAAGGUGCUGCAGUCCCAUAUGUCCCUACCGGCCACCCGAGGAUAUGCCCUGACAGCCCUCAUGAAGCUCAGCACCCGGCUCCGUGGGGACAACAACCUUUCCCUUCUGUGCCACAUCCUGGAGUUGAAGGGCAGGCUGCCCUCCCACUCACACGCCACCCUGUGGCCCAGCCGCAUCCGCCAGGUGGUGUCCAUCUACGGGAGCUGCCUGGACGUGGAGCUGCAGCAGCGGGCCGUGGAGUACAACACGCUCUUCCGGAAGUACGACCACAUGAGGGCUGCCAUCCUAGAAAAGAUGCCUCUUGUGGAGCGAGGUGGAACUCAGGAUGAGGAAGCAAAGGAAAGCAAAGAGGCCCAGCUUUCGGAAGCAGCCCUUGUCCCCACAGAGCCACAGGCCUCCAAGCUCUUGGAUCUGUUAGAUCUCCUGGAUGGCACUUUUGGGGCUACCCAGCCCCCACCUGCUCUGGAACCCUCCCCAGGAGGCACCUUAGUACACCUCCUCGACCUGCCCUGUGCGUCUCCAGCCCCAGCUUCCAUCCCAAAUCUCAGAGUGUUUGAGCGUGAAGGACUGCAGCUGAAUCUGUCUUUUGUUCGACCCCCGGGAACCCCGGCUUUGCUCUUGAUCACGGUCACUGCUGUCAACACCUCAGGGGCUGACGUCACCCACUUUGUCUGUCAGGCUGCUGUGCCCAAGAGUUUCCAUCUGCAGCUACAGGCCCCCAGUGGGGACACAGUCCCAGCUCAGGGUGGCCUUCCAGUGACCCAGCUCCUCAGAAUCCUCAAUCCUAACAAGGCCCCCUUGAGGCUAAAGCUGCGCCUCACCUACAACCACUUUGGCCAGUCGGUGCAGGAGAUCUUUGAGGUGAACAACUUGCCCGUGGAGAUGUGGCAGUAACUCAGCCUCCACUCAGUCUGAAAUCCUCCUGUGUCCCAAACUCCCCAGGGUCUCGGCCACUUGGAGCCUGUACCUGACGACUACCAGCAGGUGGCUCUCUGGUCCUACGUUUGCCUCUGCAAAAGGGGGGGGGGGUCUCCACCCCCCAUAAAUAAUAAAAGCCCAAUAAAGCCUGAGGGGGAAGACCA